GUCAGAGAAUUGAAUCAUCACCCAGUUUAGUGGAAGGCUGCGUACAAGGAAGACUAGUGCGGAUUUUAGCAAUUUAAACCUCCAAACAUAAUAAAUAACUUACGUACACACAAGUGUUGCUUUAGACGUAAAAGAAAGCCAACAUGACGGAAAGCGAUGUAAUCCUGAACGAAAUUCUCGAGAGAGUGGCUAAAGAGCAAGGCUACGAAGAUUUUCAAUUGACGUCAAAACAAAUAUCAAGCGGCGGAGCUAACUAUACAAGCUACAUCUAUCAAGCUAGUAUCACAGCACCAAAUAAAGAAGAGCUCAAGCUAUUUGUUAAAGUAGCUGCAGCUGGCGAAAAGAUGAGAGAAACUUCGCCAUUUAAAGUUUACGAAAUCGAAAGCUACGGAUACAACGUAUUGCUAAAAUCGUAUAAAGCUCUCGAAGAAAAGCACAACGUUCCCAAAGAGCAUAGAUUGGCUACCCCAAAAUUUUAUGGAACCAGCGAUGUAUAUCUUCGAGAAGCAGUGGUCCUAGAAGACUUAUCAGCAUCUGGAUUCACGACGUAUGACAGGUUCCAAUCAAUAGACUGGGAAUAUGCGUCUAAAAGCGUUCAGAACUUAGCGAAACUCCACGCGUUAUCCAUCGCUUGGUCAGUUGAGGAUCCGCAAGGGUUUGAAAACACUGCCAUCUCAUCAUUGACAGACAAGAUGGAAGGCCUCUUGGCUUACUUGAGCACAGUGAUCAUGAAUGCUGUCGAGGUCACGAGGGAGGAGAAUAAGGAACGUCUCUCGAAAUUUGCAAAGCAACUACUGGGAGAUAAAAAUUACCUCGUGGGGCUUUACAGACCCAUAAGGCGGCCGGUGAUUGCUCAUGGUGACUACAGACCAAGUAAUUUAAUGCAUAAGGUCCAGGAGGACGGCACCGUAGUAAUUGUCUGUGUGGACUACCAAACGCUACAGCGAGCAAAUCCGAUCUUAGACCUGAUGUAUUUCAUCUUCAACGGAUCAGACAAGAGCUUCCGCGACCAGCACUACAAGCAGACCCUGGAGUGCUACUACGCGGAGCUACGCGCCGCACUCCGGAGGUUUAGCCUCGACCCCGAUGAGAUAUAUCCCAGGGAGGACUUCGAUUAUGAGUUGCAGAAGGUAUUGCCUUUAGGACUAGCAACAGGAAUGUACUGCCUGCAGCUCACAACAGUGGAAGAACAGGAUGCUCCGCCGGUGUGCAAGGACAUCGCGAUUACUGACUUCACCAUCAACCCGAGCACCCUGUUUAAGAAGCGACUCAACGAAAUCGUCGACGACUUCAUUGCGAUGGGCGUUAUUUGAAAACAUUAAUUAAACAUUAAAAAGUGAUUGGCAUAAUAAUUUAUGUAGUAUUAUGAUUUAAUUAUUUU